AUGAGUUGGAUAAUUGAUUCCGGUGCAACUGAUCAUAUGACGUUUGAUCCUGAUGAUUUUCUGAAUACUACACAACCUCGACGAACCUGUAUUGCAAAUGCCAAUGACGUUACUUAUCCUGUGACAGGGGCUGGCACUGAUAUUCACACUAAGGAGAUUCUUGGUCGUGGUAGUAAGAGAAGGGGGCUAUAUUAUGUCGAUGGCUUCAGUCCUGGCAUGACUAACAGUGUGACGCAUCCUUUUGAUAGCAAACAAAAGCAAAUCUGGUUGUGGCACCGUCGAUUGGGACAUCCGUCUUUUAGUUAUAUGAAGCAUCUUAUACCAGAUUUAUUCUCAGGUUUCAAGGACUCCGACUUCACAUGUGACACUUGUAUUUUGGCCAAGAGUCACCAUGUGCCCUACCCGUUGAGUACGAACAAGUGUACUACUCCAUUUACGUUAAUUCACUAUGAUGUCUGGGGACCUUCACCUAUCACUGCUCCUUAUGGUGUUCGAUGGUUUGUCACAUUCAUAGAUGAUUGUACACGAAUGACAUGGCUUUAUUUGCUGAAGAAUAAAAAUGAAGUCCUUUCCCAUUUUCAGUCUUUCCACGAACAGAUGAAAACUCAGUUUAAUGCUCAAAUCCAGAUUCUUCGCUCCGACAAUGGUGGAGAAUUUGUCAAUCAUAACUUUCAGACUUACUUCCAACAACAUGGAAUUAUCCAUGAGACAACUUGUCCUCAGACACCGCAACAAAAUGGUGUUGCUGAACGAAAGAAUCGACAUCUUCUUGAAACUGCCCGAGCACUUCUGAUUUGCGCUCAUGUUCCUCGCCAUCACUGGGAUUAUGCUAUUGUCACUACAGUUCACCUAAUCAACCGCAUGUCUUCUGGUGUAUUGACCUUUAAAACUCCAUUACAGAAAGGCUACCGUUGUUAUCACCCUCUUACCCAACGUACCUAUGUCACUUUGGAUGUGACUUUUCUAGAAUCUGAACUGUUCUUCCAUGACCCAUCAUCCAAUUCUACGCUUCAUGGGGAGAUACGAAGUGAAGAGCAGAAUUGGAGCAACUUGGAAAACGAAGAAAUUCUCCUAUGUACAGAAAUGAUUGAUCAUCCCGAGUUUGGAGCACAAGAUUACUCUUUGCCGAAAAGCAACCAAUCGCCCAUUCAUUGCGAUCAAUUACCUGACCCACCUGAUCCAUACGAAGAUAUUUCUUAUCUGAGUCUCACACCUACAAACAAUAUAGAACAACAAGAUGAAGACCCCCCUCUAACUCAACAGUACCAACAGACCAAUCUCCUGAGAAUAUCCUUGAGGCAAAAUCGUGGGAAGCCACCAAACCGCUAUUCACCUGAUAUUGGCAAGACAUCCAAGUAUCCAAUUGCAAAUCAUGUAUCCACUAAGAAGCUGUCUAAACCACUCAAGGCUUUUGUGCAUCAGUUGUCUGCUAUCCAUAUUCCAAUCAAGGUCUCUGAAGCAUUGAAAGAUCCUAAGUGGGUCUAA